CUCACUGUCGGCAAUAAUAAACUUUAUUAUGGACUGUCAUAAUUGAAGGCGGCAUUCUAAGCAAUCGCCCUCCACGGGCUGCUUCACUCAAAGUCAAAGACUUUGAUUCAGUUUUAUUUGACUCGCAGCCCGAAACGCGUCUUUGUGGCAAAUUCCAGAGUGUUGUUGCCACGCGUUGGAACUUUGUCAAAAGUGUGAAAAUAAUUACCAAAAAUAAAACAAACAAAUGAAAAAAAAAAGAGGAAAGAGCACUGAUUUCAAUGUGAAUCUUUUGUAAAUUAGCAAAUAGGAAGUACCGAGUUUAGCUAUCCUAUAUUUAAUAUCCGCUGGUUAUCUAAGUGCUUAUCGGGAUCUAUUUGAGACGCUUGUUUGUUCAAUUAAUUAAAAGUCAAUGAAAAACUGCGUAUCGUUGUUCAUAUAUGAAUGUUGCAUGUAGGGCGAACCUCACAGUUCAGUUUGAACGCCUUUGGAAAGCGGACGAUUCAAAGAAAUCUAUAUAUUUUUGUAGUAAUUGUAGUGGAAAAAUACCUUCAAAACGGAACUAAACGGCGCGAGUUUAACCAAAAUGUUUAAAGCCCGUUUAAAAACGCAUCCGGGUGAAUCUGAGAACAUUAAUCGUUACGGAGAUUCCAUGGGUUCACUCGGACAUCGCGCCCUGUUGCAGUACAUCGAUAAUAAUGAUAUUUCUGGUCUUCGCGCAAUACUCGAUAGUCGUCAUCUAACCAUCGAUGAUCGUGAUGAGAAUGCCACAACGGUGCUUAUGGUGGUCGCUGGACGCGGCCUAACUGCAUUUGUUCGCGAGUUUUUGGCUCGUGGUGCGGAUGUGCAGGCGGAGGAUUUGGACAACUGGACAGCUUUGUUGUGUGCCACACGCAAUGGUCACUUUGAAGUGGUACAACUGUUGCUGGAUCAUGGCGCCGAAAUUGAGCAUCGUGAUAUGGGCGGCUGGACUUCUUUGAUGUGGGCUGCGUAUCGUGGACACACGGAUCUGGUGCGUUUGUUGCUGGACAAGGGAGCAGAUGGCAAUGCGCAUGGCAAUUAUCAUCUGGGCGCUCUGCUCUGGGCCGCAGGACGCGGCUUCAAGGACAUUGUGGAGCUGCUGAUACAACGCGGUGCCAAGGUCAAUGUGGGUGACAAAUACGGCACCACAGCGCUGGUCUGGGCCUGUCGACUUGGCAACGUGGAGAUUGUCGAUACGCUGCUCAAAUCCGGCUCCAAUGUGGACACAGCCGGCAUGUACUCAUGGACGCCGCUGUUGGUGGCUGCCGCCGGCGGACAUACGGAUUGUGUCAGUUCGCUUUUGGAGAAGAAGCCCAAUGUGAAUGCCCUGGACAAGGAUGGCAUGACGGCGCUGUGCAUUGCCAGUCGUGAGGGAUUUCAGGAUAUUGCAGCAUCAUUGAUUGCUGCCGGCGCAUACAUUAAUAUACAGGAUCGUGGAGGCGAUACGCCAAUGAUACAUGCUAUCAAAGGUGGACACCGUACUGUGGUUGAAGCUCUCCUCAAGAAGCACGCCGAUGUGGACAUACAGGGCAAGGAUCGCAAGACAGCGAUCUACACGGCUGUUGAAAAGGGACACACGCAAAUUGUGAAGAUGCUGCUCUCCACAAAUCCCGACCUGGAGGCAUCCACCAAGGAUGGUGAUACGCCGCUUCUACGUGCCGUGCGUAAUCGCAAUCUGGAGAUUGUUCACAUGUUGCUCGAUCGCAAGGCGAAGGUGACGGCAAGUGAUAAACGUGGCGACACCUGCCUGCAUAUUGCAAUGCGGGCGCGUUCCAAGGCAAUUGUGGAGGCACUGCUCCGUAAUCCAAAGCACAGUCAGCUGCUGUAUCGUGCCAACAAGGCGGGCGAAACGCCCUACAACAUUGAUUCCCUGCAUCAGAAGACAAUACUCGGCCAGGUGUUUGGAGCACGACGUCUCAAUACCAAUGAGGACUCAGAGGGCAUGCUUGGCUAUGAACUGUACUCAUCUGCCCUGGCUGAUGUGCUUAGCGAGCCCACCCUGACCACGCCCAUCACUGUGGGCCUGUACGCCAAAUGGGGCAGUGGCAAGAGUUUUCUGCUCAACAAACUGCGUGAGGAAAUGAACAACUUUGCCAAACAAUGGGCCGAACCGCCGGCCAAGACAAGUGGCCUGCUCUUUCUCGUCUGCCUGCAUAUAUCGCUGCUUAUUGGCACCAUUGUGGGAUUGAGCAGCUGGUCAGUUAUUUGGGGUUCAUUGGCUGCCAUUGUUUUUCUGCUGAUCGCAUAUCUUUUGCUGGCUGCAGCCAAAUAUUUCAACUAUCAAAUGGACAUGUUCUGGGCGUACUCCGUGCUCCAUGGUCUGGAUAAGCGUAUGACACGUCUGCGACUCAUACUGCAGGUCACGUUCUGUCAUCCACCCGGACCACAGGCUGAUUCCCAGCCAAAACCUGUGCGUUUUCACUUUGCGGAAGCGAGCAGCGCAUCACCCACGGGAGAUGGUGCUGUGGCUCACAUGCUGGCUGCUUUUCUGGAUGCCAUAGAGUCACAUUAUGGCUGGCUGGCUACGCGUUUGUAUCGCGCCUUUCGUCCCAAGUGCCUGAAACUAGAUCUGGGCUGGAGAUGGCGUCGCAUGUGCUGUCUGCCCAUCGUUCUGCUCUUCGAGCUGGGCCUGGUCACCUUGGUGGCGGGCAUAGCACUCACAGUUGCCUACUUCACACACGCCAAUGACACAGAGAAGGAGCAAAUUCUGGUUGCAAUCUAUGUGGUUGCCGCAGUGCUGGUGACGCUCAUCUGCACGCAUCUCCAUGUGCUGGCCAAGGUCUUUGGCUCGCUCUUCAUCUCGCAUAAGCGGCAACUGAAGCGUGCCGUGCGCUCCAAUGAGAAUGCGCCGCUCACUCUGCUGGGCGCUGAGGUGGCUGUGCUAACGGAUAUGGUCAAGUGCUUGGAUGCGUUUACCAAUCAGCAGAGUCGUUUGGUGGGCGUCGUCGAUGCCUUGGACUCCUGUGAUACGGAACGUAUACUCACUCUGUUGAAUGCUGUGCAGACUCUGCUCUCGGCACCCAAUCGACCUUUUGUGCUGCUCAUCUCGGUGGAUCCGCAUGUAAUUGCCAAGGCUGCGGAGGCGAAUAGUCGACGCCUGUUCACCGAGGGCGGCAUUGGAGGUCACGACUUUCUGCGCAACUUGGUGCAUCUGCCAGUCUAUUUGCAGAACUCUGGACUCCGCAAGGUGCAGCGUGCUCAGAUGACGGCGUUGCUAUUCAAACGAGGCGGCACUGAUUACCAGCUUGAUGAUGGACCCACGCUGGGUCAUUCGGUGUCCGCGCGGCGCCUUUCUAAUGCCUCGGAAAUCAUGUCCAGCCAGGAGAAGCUGAGGGCGCCACACAAUGCUCAACGUGGUGCCGGCGGUGGCAAGAAACUGCGUCUAUCUGAUUCAGUUGCCAGCUCGAUUGGCUCCAAUCUGCAUCGACUAGGCCAGAAUCCUCAAGGCGUGCUCGAUUUGUCUCGCAUUGUGCUCACGGAUGAUUACUUCAGCGAUGUGAAUCCUCGUAGCAUGCGUCGCCUCAUGAAUGUCAUCUACAUCACUGUACGUCUGCUGAAAGCAUUCCAAAUUGACUUUAGCUGGUAUCGUCUCAGUUCUUGGAUCAAUCUCACCGAGCAGUGGCCAUUGCGUGCCAGCAUGAUUGUGCUGCAUCAUGACCAAUACAUGGACACCAAUGCCGAUGAGAACAUCUCGCUUCAAAGUGUCUACGAAAAAGUGCGUCCAAAACUUGCCUGCUUAAGGGAGGCAGCUCCCCUGCUGGAGCUGGAUCGUGAUGAGCGCAAACUGGACGCUUUUCUGCAGCUGCAUAAAUCUGAUUUGUUGGUCGCAGAUUUGCGCAUCUUUUUGCCAUUUACAAUCAACCUGGAUCCCUACCUGCGAAAGGUGCUAAAGGAGGAUCAACAAGUCAUCGAAGACGAGGGUUCUCUUGUGCUGCAAACACGUCCAAGCGUAUCGCACAGCAUGAGGCAGCAUCCCGCUCCAACCACCUAUGUGCCUUCGCCUCAGGUUUAUCCGCCUUACCAAAUGCUGCAGAACGAGUUUGUGGCCAAUGAAUUGCGUUCGCGUAAUCUGGCAAUUGAGCCAACGACACCGUUAAUACCAUCGCCCAGCGAUUCCUUUGCUGAUGAUAUACUGCAAACGAAGCUCACGGACCUCACAGUUGAAGGUGUCGUCAGUCUGCUGGAGCGCAUUGAAGAUCUCAAACCAACGCUACAGAAACUGGGGCCAGUGCUCCGGGAUAAUGCAAUCAAUGGUCGCGUACUUAAGCACUGUGAACUGACAGAUCUCAAAGCGGUUCUGGGUCUGAGCUUCGGUCAUUGGGAACUGUUUCGUUUGCUGAUCACAACGCUGCGGGAUUGCGAUCGCCUGCCACGAAAGAUUCGUCCACAACCCGCCAUUGCAGAGACUGCGGCCAGCGUGUCCGCCAUUAGAGAUGUGCCAGAUGCAUUGCCACCACCUCCAUUGUCACGCAGAAACUCCGUCAGUCAUAUGGAGAAACAGGUCACACUGGAGGAGCAGAUGAUUUGCGGAGCAUUGCAGACACUCAACGAGGAAGCCUUCGAGGAUGUGGCGAGCAGUGAACGACCAAGUCCGUCCGGUUUGCCCACAGGUGAGAUGUUAGCUGCAGCCGCACAGCUGCAAUUAGCACCCAUUUGCGAGACCUCUGAGUUUGGUUCGCCAUCCGAUGAGCAGAUGGUUAACAAUCUGCUGCAGUACAACAACAACAACAUCAAUAACAACAACAACAACAACAACAGUGGCAGUAGCAACAAUGCACCACAAUCGAAAUAUUUAAAUACGGAAUACAAUCGCAGUGCCAGCUCCCAUUCCCUACAAAGUCUUAACGCUGCCGCCGGCGCCUCCGGUGGCCUCCAAAUGCGUCUGGACCUCGAUUUGUCAAGUGCUGGUGCAUUGUUUACCCCAACGCUGCUCACCUCAGGUUCGCCGAUGCAGCAACGUCGGGACUCAAUACUGAAGCAACAAGGCAGUGUCAAGUCGGAGAAACGGGUAUCGAUCAAACAAACGCCCAGCGGUAGCAACUUGGCCAACAACAACAAUAAUAAUAACAAUAACAAUGCCAAGCAAACACCGAAUGUGGAAUACGUAUCGGAGCGUCAAAUGGAACUGGCAGCUGGCAGCAGUAAAGGUCGUCUGACCACAAAACCGCCAGCAGGUCCCCGACCAGCCUCUCUGAUCAUAACCAAAAACGAUCCAACCUCGCAAUUUCAGCUGCUGCGUUCCUCAUCUAUUGAAUAUGAGGACGUUGAGGCGCAGCAGCAUUCAAUACGUGCUAUUAGAACCACACUGCUCGAACAGCAGGAAGAUGAGUCGGCGCCUUUGGUAUUUACGGUGCGAAAAUGAUAGGACUGCAGAGACUGCAACCAGAUGUAGCAGCAACAACAAAUUCAUUAUGUGCUUUUUACUUAGUGCCAGUUAAAUUAAGUUAUUAAUAGGCUAUACUUCGAGUAAUGCGUCUCACUGUUAACUGUUGUCAUAAAAUUAUAUUGAUAGAGAAUUGUUCACAAAUGUACACUUACUAUUAUGAAUUUAAUAUGCAUACUAUAUAAAAGUAUGUGUAUGACGAUUAAGACAAUUAUAUUUAAUAAACAGCUUUACAAACAAGCCAAAACAUUGUAUACUCGGCAAAAUAAUUAAAGAGUAAAUUACUUGGGAAAUAUCAAACCUAAA